AUGCACCCGCGACUGUUUCGGCAGCGGCUGCUCGAGCUUGCCGCGGAGUACGAGGGUCUCCACGCGGCGGCCACCGAAUCGUUCGCCGAGGUGCCUGCGGUGCCGCGCGAGUCAUCCGAGGGCGAGGCGGCGACGAGCCAGAGCGGUGACGGCGAGGGCGCCCCGCCCGGCGCCAGGAGCGCGCUGCCGCGGAACAGGGCCAGGGCCCAGGUGUGCGCUGCCGCGGAACGGAACAGGGCCGCUGAGCGAUGGUUGGUGCAGGUUGAGGGCCCCCCCGACGAGAGCUCGGAGCCGAGAGCUGCGUCCGACGCUGGGGUCGCGGCGCAGCGCGGGCCCGCGGGGCAGCUUGCGGCGCACCCCGACGAUGACGGGAGCGCGGCGCGGAUUCCGAGGAACCACGCGAGGUUGUCCGCGGGGAGCUUCUCCAUUGGAAGUCCAGUGCCGAGCAGCCACAUGCCGGAGACCAAUGAUGGGAGUUCCGUUCCGGACGCCGUAGAGACGAUGAGGAGCUCGAGAAGGGAGAGUGGGGAUUCUUUCGCCACAUCGGUCUCCGCGGCAUUCGCCUCCGCCGGCGCAGUUGUCCGUAAUUGCCUAAGACGCGACACGGAGCAGAUGUCGGAACAAAGACCCACGACACCACAAAACGACAGGAACAGUUAUUGGAGUUGGUUGUCUUUGAAGGAAACGAUGAAGUUCAGUAAUGAAGUGAAAAGGUCGACGGCAAGGAAGUCCUCUCGCCGGUCGACUUCAGUAGAUUUGCAGAAAUUGCAGCAGAAGCCUUUGGCCGAUUUUGUGAAGAGUCGCUAUUUUGCUAUGGGUUCCGCACUUGUGAUCAUCAUGAGCACCGUGUUGAUUGGCAUUGAGACCCAGAUUUUUUCUAGCCUGUCCCACCAGGGGUCAGACUCGAAGCACCUCGCGAUGGCCCUAUCGGCAGCGAAUUACUUACUCACUUUGGUGUUCGCGGUGGAGGUGCUCAUGCGAAUAUACGUGCUAGGAAUCAUGCACCCAGGCGACAGGGUGUGGAACUGCUUCGACAUUGCAAUCCUGCUCCUGGCGCUGGCCGAGAUCGCUCUGGAGCUUGUGGUGCUCGCGAUCUUGGGCAAGGAUCAUAACCUCUUCGAUGGCGGUGGGAUGGCGAAGAUGCUGCGCCUGUUUCGCCUUACUCGGCUUCUCCGAAUCAUCCGGACGUUUCGCCAGUUGAAGCCGCUGCGUGUGCUGGUGCAUUCCAUAGCAUCCGCUGGCAAGUCCGUGUUCUGGGCCCUCAUGCUUCUCUUCAUGAUCAUAUUCUCCUUUGGAGUGAUCUUGACUCAGGCUGUGUCUGAGCAUACCGAAGGUGGCACGCGAGUCGAUGACGAUGAUCUAGUUUCGUACUACGGAGACCUCUUACGGUCAAUGCUCAGUCUUAUGAUGGCUGUGUCCGGAGGUAUCAGCUGGCAUGAGUUAACAGCGCCGCUGCAGGGAACUGGAAACAUUGGGUGGAUGUUCCUAUUUCUGGUUUACAUUACAUUCGUGUACUUCUUUGUGCUGAACGUUGUGACAGGUGUGUUCUGCCAGAAUGCGAUCGAAGGGGCUCAACAGGAUCUGGAUCUUACAAUUGAGGCGCAGCUCAGGGAGAAGCAGGUAUACGCGGACCGCCUCAAGCUGCUUUUCGAGGAGAUGAACCAGGAUUGCGAUCCUGAAGAGGGGCUGACAGCGGCCGAUAUAAACGAGCAGAUGGAGAAGCCCAAAGUGCAGUCGUUUUUCAAGGCCCUGGACAUUGACGCGAAGCAGACGUGGAAGCUGUUCAAGGUUCUGGAUUCCGCCAACUCUGGCGCCAUCUCCCUCCAGGACUUCGUCGAGGGGUGCCUGCAGAUGAAGGGGUCGGCCACGCGCGUCGACGUGGAGUCGCUGAAGUGGGAGAUCCGAGCCGCAAACAAGCGCGCGGUGCUCACUGCCGACAGGAUUGCGGAGCUUCUGGAGCAGAUCUCCGCGUCGGGGGCCGCAGCUUGCGCAGCCUGCGGCGGGUCAGUCACGAGGUGA